AUGUAUAAUCCAUCUCAACUGAUAGCAGUUGGUAAUAAACAACCUCCACCUAUUUUAAAUGGUGGAAGUUUACAUAAUCAAUCUAAUCAAAAUGUUACAACAACUUUACAACCACCACCACCAACUCAACAACAAUCAAAUAAUCAACAACAACAAUCUUUAGGUCCAUUACCACCAACUCAACAACCACAACAACAGCAGUCUAAUCAACAACCACCUCAAGCACAAGCACAACCUACUGGACCAGGUAUAAUAGUCGCUGCGGCUCAAGCGCAAGCAGCUCAAGCAGCUCAACAAACUCAAGCUCAACCUCAAACUCAAAUUACAAAUAAUCCUGCUGCAAAUGCUUUAAGUGAAACAACUGCUUCAACUUGGUUAGCAAUAGGUUCAUUAGCAGAAAGUUUAGGAGAUGCUGAUCGUGCUUUAUCAUCUUAUGAUUCAGCUUUAAGACAUUUACCAAAUAAUCCAGAUGUUUUAAUUAAAUUAGCAAAUGUUUAUAGAUCAAAAGAUAUUUUUUUCAAAGCUGCUGAAUUAUAUGAACAAGCUUUAAAUUUUAAUCCUGAAAAUGGUGAAACUUGGGGUUUAUUAGGUCAUUGUUAUUUAAUGUUGGAUGAUUUACAAAGAGCUUAUGCUGCUUAUCAAAGAGCUUUAUAUUAUUUAGAAAAUCCAAAUGUUCCUAAAUUAUGGCAUGGUAUUGGAAUAUUAUAUGAUAGAUAUGGUUCAUUAGAAUAUGCAGAAGAAGCUUUUGUAAGAGUUUUAGAAUUAGAUCCAAAUUUUGAUAAAUCAAAUGAAAUUUAUUUUAGAUUAGGUAUAAUUUAUAAACAUCAAGGUAAAUUACAACCUGCAUUAGAAUGUUUUCAAUAUAUUUUAAAUAAUCCUCCUCAUCCAUUAACUCAACCUGAUGUUUGGUUUCAAAUUGGUUCUGUUUUGGAACAACAAAAAGAUUGGAGUGGUGCAAAAACUGCUUAUGAAAAAGUUUUACAAGUAAAUCCUCAACAUGCAAAAGUUUUACAACAAUUAGGUUGUUUAUAUUCUCAAGCUGAAAUGAAUCCUCCAACUCCAAGAGCUAAUAGUAAUGGGGGUGGUAACAGUGAAUUACCUUUCCAACAAGAUUUAAAAAUUGCUUUAAAAUAUUUAACACAAUCUUUAGAAAUUGAUCAAAGUGAUGCUCAUUCUUGGUAUUAUUUAGGUAGAGUUCAUAUGAUUAGAGGUGAUUUUAAUGCUGCAUAUGAAGCUUUUCAACAAGCUGUUAAUAGAGAUUCAAGAAAUCCAACAUUCUGGUGUUCAAUUGGUGUAUUAUAUUAUCAAAUUAGUCAAUAUCGUGAUGCUUUAGAUGCUUAUACAAGAGCAAUAAGAUUAAAUCCUUAUAUUAGUGAAGUAUGGUAUGAUUUAGGUACAUUAUAUGAAACUUGUAAUAAUCAAAUAAGUGAUGCAUUAGAUGCUUAUAGACAAGCUGAAAGAUUAGAUCCUGGUAAUCCUCAUAUAAAAGCAAGAUUAGAUCAAUUAAUAAAAUAUCAACAAGAAGGUAAUACUCAUCCACCUCAACCUCCCCCAGCUAUUCAACAACCUAGAUUACCACAAGGUAUGGUUUUGGAGAGUAGUCAACAAGAUCAACAACAACAACAGCAGCAACAACAACAACCUCCGGUUCCACACCAACAACCACAACAAUUACCACCUCAUCAACAGCAACAACAACAACAACAACAACAACAACAGCCACCUCAACAUAUGUUGGGUCAAUUAAAUUCUAAUCAACCUCCACCAGCGCCACCUCAAUUAAUGGCACAUCAAGCACAAAAUUCUCAAUUACCAGCACCACCGCGUCCUAAUCAACAUCAACAACAACCCCAACAUCAUCAAUCUCAACAACAACAACCUGGAAUAGCGGCAGGUUUGGCUCAAUAUCAAGGUUCAAAUAGCAGUUUACCAGCGCAUUCUCAACAACCAUUACCUCCUCAAGUACAACUUCAACAACUUCCUCCUCAACACCAACAACAACAACCUCAACCUCCUCAACAACACCAAACUCAAUUAGCACAACCUAAUCAGCCCCAACCACAACCACAACAACAGCAACAACAAAGUCCAGCUUUGCCAGCAAUAACUCACACCAAAGGUAAACCAGGUCGUAAACCUAAAUCUCAUCAUCAAGAUUCGAAGAAGGAUUCCCCAGCUCCAACAUCUAGUCAUAAAUCAAGUCAAGAACCACCUGCACCAACACCAUUACAACCACCGGCUCAUACUGUUCAAGAACAACAUAAACCCGAACCACAACAACAAAAACCACAACCACCGUUGAGGCAAGAAGAAUCAUUGAAACCAUCAAAUACUGCUACUCCUGCACCAGAAGUUACUCCAUCAAUAACGGAGAAUAAUGGUAAACAUGAUUUAGAAAAUAAACUUGAUGAAGGGAAAAUUUUAAAGAAACAAAAUAGUGCAUCAACACCAGCUACUUCAACAAAUAUUGAAUCAGGUAAAGUAACAGAGGAAGAAAAAAUACCUAAACCAAUUCAAUCUGAAUUAAAAAUCUCAUCUAAACCUGAUUAUAGUCAAACUACUGAUUCUUCAACACCAAUAGUUCAACCAAAUCCUGGAACUCCUGCAUCGGCAGAUGUUCCACCUGUUCCUCAAUAUUCUACAAAUGUGACUGAAAAAGAAGCAAAAUCUACAGAUGAACCAGAUGAUACUGAAUCAGCAGCUAUACCUUCUGAAGCUAAAAAUCAAAAUAAUGAGAAUGGAAAAAAGCCUGAACAACAACUGGAAAAAGAUCAAUCUCAACCUCAGCACCAUCAUCAUCAUCAUCAAGAAGAAGGGAAAUCCAAUGAUGUGAAGGAAAAUAAUGAAACAAAGGAAAAUACAGAAAAAAAAGAUGAAAUAGAGAAACACGAUAAACAGCAAGAACAACCACAAAAUAAUAAUAAUAAUAACAACAACACUAAUGAAGAACCUCCAAAGAAAUUAGAAGAUCCAAAAGAUGAUAAUCCUGAAGAUGAUGAAGAAGAACCACCAACAAAGAAUGCUGAUGAGAAAAUAGAACCUCCAAUGAGGAAAGUUGAAGAAGAUGAAAAUUAUGAUGAUGAUUAA